AUGGUGAAAUGGUUGAUGCAGUUUGAUCGUCAAACCUUAUCCAUUGAAAUGCGUUUCUUGAUGGCCAAAACUCCAGAGCAAAGGUCAGCUGUUGAUCUGGACAAUCAUUACACACAGCUUAGGUUUCAUUCUUUUAUACCAUAUCAUAUGAUGAUGAUGCUUAUAUUAUCCAUUAUCCAAUCCUACAUACAGUUUGAACCUCACCUCAUGUAUCUAUGCAGGAAUAUCUUGAAAAACAUAUUGGAGUUAAAACAAGAAGAUAGGUAUUAUAUCAGGGAUAUGUGGAAGGGAUAUCAGCUACUGGGAUGCAGUCAAAUCAUGGGUUUGAUGGCCAGGUCAACGCCUGCUGCUUUUUUACUGGUCAACAAGGAGUUGGGAUCAAAGGGUUGGCUAAAAGUUCUACUGCAACUGAAGAAGUCCCACCUUUGCUUGAAGAAAAUGGGAAAAUUGAGGUGUGGAGGAUUAAUGGCAAUGCUAAAACCACAGUACCCAAAGAAGAUAUUGCAUCGAGGUAACAUUGCUGCUCGAUUGGCUACUACAAUGUUCAAUUCACUCAAGGGAAGACCAGUUCAGGGUCGUGUAUUUCAAGGGAAAGAGCCACCACAAUUUGUCGCCAUCUUUCAGCCUAUGGUUGUGUUAAAGGGUGGAUUGAGCUCUGGAUACAAGAACUCCAUUGCAGACAAAGAAUUGAAUGAUGAAACCUACACUUUAGAUGGUGUAUCCCUAAUUCAGAUAUCUGGCACUUCACCCCAUAAUAAUAAAGCCGUUCAAGUAGAUGUCGUGGCAACCUCAUUGAAUACGUCUGAAUGCUUUCUUCUUCAAUCUGGUUCUUCAUUGUUCACCUGGCAUGGAAACCAGAGUAGUGUUGAACAACACAACAUAGCUGCAAAAAUCGCCGAAUUUUUUAAGGCUCAGGCUGUUGGACAUCAUCAUCUAGCACUAGCAGCAGAUUAA